GCAUCAAAAUGCAUGGCUUAAAAGCCGAUGUCUCCGGAGGGUGGGGCAUUUGCGCUUUCAUUUGCAGCUUCAGGCGCCACUUGUCUCUUGGCAUGACAGCUUUGCUUCAAGAACAUUGCAGCAAACAGCCCCCCCGCUCUGGGGGCGCUGGGGUCGGUCCCGGCGGCCGCUGUCCCCUGCGGCUGGGACCGGAGCCUCCCUGCGGGGAAAGGAGUUUCCUCCCCACCAAGCCCCUUCCCCUCCGCUUCUGCUGUGCCGGCGGCAGCGCCCGGGGCCGCUUUCAGCCUUCUUUUUGAGAGCUAAGGAGGAUCGGCUGGGGAAAGGCAAUUCACGGUGGAAAGCGUUGCACUGCAGGCACGAAACUUCCUCUACCCGCGGUGGAACGAAAGCCUCUGCAGGACCGUAACGCUCAGCAGAGAGCAUCCAAAGGCACCGCGGAGGAAGGGAGCCGGGAGUGCGGCCCGCUGCCCCCCGCUCCGGCAGCGCCGAUGGGUUUGUGCUCCGGAGUGACUCCGAAUCGCUUCAGCCCUGGCGCCUCGCCUGAGCCCCAGCGAGCCGCGGUAAGGGCUGCGCGGGUCCCUGCUCCGCAUGUCGCCCCUAGCUCGGGCUCGUCCUGCCACCUGACGAGGCGUCCUUCAUCGAGGUGCGGGGGCAAAGCCCCGGGGCACGGCUUUGGGGCGAAAUUAGCCAGCGCGCUGUCCCUCCGCCUGUCCCCGAGAGGUCUUAGGAACAGAUCAGGAUAAUAUGGGGGAUGGUUGCUCUCAGAAACUCGCUUCUGCCAAGUUCCUUCGACUUUUGCUCCUAAUACUGAUUCCGUGUAUCUGUGCUCUUAUCCUUUUGUUGGUGAUCCUACUUACCUUUGUAGGGGUGUUAGAAAAAACAUGCUUCUAUUCAAAUGGAAGUGAGGUCCUCACAGUUAACAGUGGCAUUGAAACAUCUGAUGCCCUUUCACCAAACACAGCUGAAAACAGUUCCAAGAGUGAUUCGACAAUGGACCUCAGCACAAGGCCCUAUUUGUGGACCACGAUGCCUUUAUCCCACAUUGACCAAACGAACAAGAACUCAAAUACAUUCAGAGAGACUUUCCAGGAAAAUUCAUUUGCUCUCACAACUCAAGCCACAGUGCUCAGUCCUCACCCUACAUAUGAUGCUGCUUUGGCAGAGGGCUCUGAAGGCAGCACCCAGCUGUUUGCUUCUGCAGAGCAGGUGACUUCACGGUCUACAGAUACAUCCUUUAACAAAACAGAGAGGAUGACCACUCUGCCAGUAUUACAUCCUACCCAUCCAUCUGUGUCACAAAAAAUGGAUCAGAAAAAAAGUGCCUGCAUAAGUAUCACCAACAGCCAGUGCCAAAUGCUGCCAUAUAACUACACUACUAUAACUUCAGUUCUUUCCAUUGUCAAAAGUAUUGAAAUGGAAAAGUUCCUGAAGUUCUUCAGUUAUCUCCAUCGUCUCAGCUGCUAUCAACACAUCAUGCUGUUUGGCUGUAGUCUUGCUCUUCCUGAAUGCAUCAGUGACGGUGAUGACAGUCGAGGCCUCUUGCCCUGCAGGACAUUUUGUGAGGCAGCAAAAGAAGGCUGUGAACCAGUCCUGGGUAUGGUAAAUGCUUCUUGGCCAGAAUUCCUGAAGUGCUCUCAGUUCCAAAACAAAACUGGAAAUGACACCGCCACAAGGGUAUGCUUCUCACCACACCAAGAGAAAGGAAGGCAGUCACUGUGUGGAGAAGAGAGUUUCUUGUGUGCCAGUGGGAUCUGCAUCCCAGGGAAACUUCAGUGUAAUGGCUACAAUGACUGUGAUGAUUGGAGUGACGAGGUCCAUUGCAACUGCAGUGAUGAUGUAUUUCGUUGCAACACAGGAAAAUGUCUAAAUUAUACCUUUGUUUGUGAUGGAUAUGAUGACUGUGGAGACCUCAGUGACGAACAAAACUGUGAUUGUAAUCCAGUGACACAUCAUCAGUGUGGAGAUGGGAGAUGUAUAACAGCUGAUUGGGUAUGUGAUGGUGACCAUGACUGUAUAGACAAAUCAGAUGAAAUCAAUUGCUCGUGUCAUAGUCAGGGUCUGGUGGAGUGCAGAAAUGGGCAGUGCAUUCCUAGUGCAUUCCAAUGUGAUGGAGAUAAUGACUGUAAAGAUGGAAGUGAUGAAGAGAACUGCAGUGAAAGCCAGACCCUAUGUCAGGAGGGAGACCAAAGAUGUACUUCCUGUCCUGAUCCCUGUGGAACUUCUCUCUGUGAGAUGAGAAACAGCCAGACAAACUGCAGUCAGUGUGAACCAAUUACUCUGGAACUCUGUAUGAACUUGCCUUACAACUAUACUUAUUACCCAAACUACCUGGGCCACAGGACGCAGAAGGAAGCCUCUAUCAGCUGGGAGUCUUCUCUUUUCCCAGCCUUGGUUCAGACCAACUGCUACAAGUACCUUAUGUUUUUUGCCUGUACAAUCUUAGUACCAAAAUGUGACCCCCAUACAAAUCAGCGGAUCCCACCUUGCAGGACGUUAUGUGUACAGUCGAAGGAACGCUGUGAGUCUGUGCUUGGGAUUGUAGGUCUGCAGUGGCCGGAAGAUACUGACUGCACUCAGUUUCCAGAUGAUGAUUCAGACAACCAAACCUGUCUAACACCAGAUGAAGAUGUAGAAGAAUGUUCACCCAGUCACUUCAAGUGCCGUUCUGGGAGGUGUGUCCUGGCAUCCAGAAGAUGUGAUGGUCAAGCUGACUGUGAGGAUGAUAGUGAUGAGGACAGCUGUGGUUGUAGAGAAAGGGGUCUUUGGGAGUGUCCUUUGAAGAAGCUGUGCAUCAAACACACUAUGAUCUGUGAUGGUUUUCCAGACUGCCCUGACAUGAUGGAUGAAAAGAACUGCUCAUUUUGUGAAGAGAGUGAACUUGAAUGUGCCAACCAUGAAUGUGUUCCACGUGAGCUUUGGUGUGAUGGGCAAGCAGACUGCAGUGACAGUUCAGAUGAAUGGGAUUGUGUUUCCCUGUCUAAAAACAUGAAUUCCUUGAUGCUCCUGACCAUUCACAGGUCAGCUGCUGAAAACCAUGUUUGUGCGGAUGAGUGGCAAGAAAAUUUAAGUCAACUGGCCUGCAAUCAGAUGGGUUUAGGAGGACCAUCCAAAACAGAAAUUGUAAUACAGAAUGAGGAAAUGCAGCAUCAAAAAUGGCUGAAUCUGCACUCAAACUGGAAGAAUAAAAACGCGUCCACUAUACACGCACUUCUAGUGAAUGGACAGAUGUGUCAAAGCAGAAGCAAAGUGGCUCUCUUAUGCACUAAAGAAGACUGUGGCCGUCGCCCAGCUGCUCGCAUGAACAAGAGGAUCCUUGGUGGCAGGACCAGUCGCCCAGGCCGAUGGCCCUGGCAGUGCUCCCUGCAGAGUGAGCCAAGUGGACACAUAUGUGGCUGUGUUUUGAUUGCGAAGAGAUGGGUCUUGACAGUAGCACACUGCUUUGAAGGGAGAGAAAAUGCAGCUGUUUGGAAAGUAGUGUUUGGUAUUAGCAAUCUGGAUCAUCCCUCAGGCUUUAUGCAGACCCGACUCGUGAAGACUAUUAUCCUCCAUCCACGCUACAAUAGAGCAGUUGUAGACUAUGAUAUCAGCAUUGUGGAACUAGAUGAAGAUAUCAAUGAGACAAGCUAUGUAAGACCGGUCUGUUUGCCCAGCAAGGACCAGUUGGUUCGGCCAGACACCUACUGCUACAUCACAGGCUGGGGACACAUGGGCAACAAAAUGCCUUUCAAGCUUCAAGAAGGAGAGGUUCGCAUCAUUUCCUUGGAACAAUGCCAGUCAUACUUUGACAUGAAAACCAUCACCAGCAGAAUGCUCUGUGCUGGCUACGAGUCUGGCACUGUGGACUCCUGCAUGGGUGACAGUGGAGGGCCGCUUGUGUGUGAACAACCUGCAGGGCGCUGGACUUUGUUUGGUUUAACAUCUUGGGGCUCUGUCUGCUUUUCCAAGGUUUUGGGACCUGGUGUUUACAGUAAUGUGUCACAUUUUAUUGAGUGGAUUGAAAGACAAAUAUACAUCCACACCUUUCUGCUAAACUAACUCCAGAUGGUAAGAAUUGUGCUCACAGAUAAAAGAAAAAAGGAAUCGGCACUUCAGCACUGAAGAUUUUGCAGUCCAGACACUUUCUGAAAAGGAGUUUGAGGCUCUGUCUAUUCUUGUGUGGAGGUAUGGAAUAUGCAGUGUAUAUUAACAGUAAACCCUCUGCUGGCGAAUAUACUUUGGGGUGGAAUUAAUAAUCUUUUUGACUUUUCUUUUAACUGUGUUGUGGUGCUAUUCCAAACACAGCAAAAAGAAAAGUAUCAGCCACUUUCUGCCUUUCAGCUAUUCAAACUAAGCAGUAGCACAGACUAGAAAAACCUUUUUGAAUACCUAUUUUAAUACUAUUCAGUUAGUAGCACAUGCAUUUUCACUCACUUGUCAUGAGGAAUGAAAUCAGUGCAUUCAGAUGGCACUGACAAGACAUAUUCACAAGGGCAACACCAGGCAUGGCCGCACCACAGGCUGGAGGCUGUGGGAGACAUCGACAAGUCUGCACGUCCAUGUGGCACAGAGCACAUCAAAAUACACAUGCAGGUCUCCAAAGGUGCGUAGCUGUGCACUGCUGAUCUGCCUGAGUUAGGGCCUUCUGUCCCUCACACGGGCAGACUUGCACGGACAUAACCCUGUACCAUCCUGACUCCACAGCUUCUGUUUCCAGAGCCAGCUUGGGGAUAUCUGCAGGGCAACCAGCAGGCCAACAGACCCAAAACUACCACUUACAGCACCUGAGGCCAAAACUUAGUUGUUCAGACUUGUUGGACAUUUUCUGCCACUUAACUUUCUGAAGCUACCAAUGUCUCUGUGUGUCCAGGAAACAUCUGUGUCUUGACAGCACCACGCUGAUCAGCACAUUCAUCAAGCCUAUGCCCCACUGGCUUUUUUCCCCAUUUUGUAUAGUGUGUUCUGCCUAUAAAAUGUGCAUGGAACAUUGCCAGCUGUAUAAAAACAUAACAGGGUUGGCAAUGCCACUGGAAUGGUUCUCCCCUACCUAGAGACAGCUAGUUUGAACAUCUCGUGAGAUACGGAAAAUGCAGAUUUAAAGUGCAAAAAAUGCAGUGUGAGCAGUAUCCCAAACACUGGGAAACUGGGUGAUUUUGAUAGGUCUCUUCUAGUAUCUUGCACUGAAAAGUUUCAUUUUGCAUAGCAAGAUUAAACAACUGGGAGAAAAAAAAAAAGGCUGAAAGAAAUCUGCAAAAUAGAAGACUUGUAUUCCAGCUUCUGUUCAAAUGGAUGUUAGAAAUACGUUAAGUCAAGUACAACAACUUUAUCAGCAAAGGUUCAAAGAGCUCUGUUCAUGUUCUGGGUAGCCAGAGAGCAGAAUGCUCUGUGCAGCAGGAAAGAGGCUAAGUCUUGACCCCAAGAGACUCUGGUUGAAAAACAUUAUAAUGGAGCUUGACACCUCUUUAUGCUGCUGUAGGGGAAGCGUGCUAUCAACUGCUGAAGGUGAGGUCCUGCACACACUUUGCUGCUGUUGGAAGGCAGAGUAGGAGGAGUCAGGAACCUGGGGAUUACAGGAUGAAGUUCACCAGGGAGCAAGGCAGUUAGAACUCAUGUGUUUUCAGUACUGCACCUGGUCCACUGUGAAUCCAGGCUAAGGUAUUUCAUUAUCCUCUCUGCUACCUCUGGCAUGCCCCCAUGACAACAUGGCAGGGCCUUGUCAAUACCAUGACUGCCAUAUGUGGAAACAUGCAUUAAAAGAGCUAACUAAUGGACGUUUCAGGUAUUACUAAUCAUAUUACAACUAAUCUACAUAGAUCUGACUAUUGUUUUAAAGUUUUAUCUCUGAUGUCCAUAUAAUCUCCUUUAACAUGCCUGCCAUUAGACAUACUAGACAGUGCUCUAGACAGCAUUAUUAACGAAUAUUCAAUAUUUAUGUUAUGGAUUCUGAAACUCUAUUUAAGUGACUAUUGUAUCACUGUUUCGUGCUUAGAAAGAAAACUCUCUAGGCUUCACUAGGUUUGGAUUUAUUUUUUUAUAUAUAUCAAGGAUUUUGAUUUUACUAUAAGUGCUGUUCUUCCCCCAGCUAUAAAUGAGAGAAAGCAGCUGUCACCAUGUUUUUCCAAUGCAAGUACAUUACAGCUGAAGCAGGUUAUCAAUGCCCUUGCCUCAAGCACAUGGAAGCUGGAGCUCACAGUCCCCAACUUUGGCUUUUCUCCAGGGCCAGGAUUCCUGCAGCUGUAGGGCAGCACCGUUCAGACUCCUGGAGCCAGUUACUGAGAGUUACCAGAGCAGGCAGCCCAGGGGCUAUCAGAGCUGGCCUGCCUUGCCAUCCAUCCAGUGUAUCUGGUGACAGGCAGGUUUCAGCAAAGUCUGUUUUCCACAAGGAAAAACAAGGUACUGUUGUGAAAUGAACAGCCCAGCCUGACAUAUCUCCACCAGCUGAAGUGAUUGGGUUAGCACGUUUGAAUUUUGUAAAGUACCAGAGUACAUAUAAUAAUUUCAUGUAGAUAUUAGCACUACCAAAUGAUAAUAUGUAAUUACACAUUUUAAUUAACUGGGUUUGGGCUGCCACCAGUUACCAAGCAGAAACAAGGGAGAGUCCUGCUGAAACAUAUGGUCCAGACCCCUCCUGAAUGGGAUCAGUCUGAAGAAAUCCCUGGCUGAGCCCCAUUCCCAAAUAGUUUUUAGGAGGGAGCAGUUGGGUCUUUUCCCUCCCCACACCUGUGUCUGACAACAUUCCAUGUAAAGAGAAAAUUUGUAAUUUUAUAAAUGUAUUUUUAUACUGCUUUUUUUAUGUGUGCACAUGAAAUAGACAUACUCCUCCUUCCAAUGUAACAAGUGUUUCAGUGUGCUGACAUAGUGGCUACAAUCACAGUUACACUGUUGUAAGAUUCUUACAAGUGUAGCCUCACUGUAGUGUAACAAUUGUUGAUUUUAAUUCUACCACAUCUGUAGCUCCAAAAGGCAGCAAUGUCGCACAGUCAAGCAGAUGUUUCUGUCUAGCUGUACUAAUAAAAAUUUACCAUCAUUUUCCAAGUAACUUCUGUGUUGAAAAUGUGUUUUAAUCUUGAGAGAGACAGACUCAAUGACAAUAUGGAGGCGUGAAGAUAUAACUUUAGCAAUAAUGCCUAGAAAUAGCCUUAAAAUAUAUUUGGUUUUUUUUAAGCAGUCCUGACAGCCCUGUUAGCACUACAACAUUUGUGGAGGUUCUGACAUUACCACUACUCUACAACUUUUAGUUUCUUCUGCUUUCAGUACAGAGUAUUACCAAGAACACUGCUGCAAACAACUACUCUGGAUUGAAAAAUCUGAAAAACUAAAGCUGCAAUCAAAUUUCUCUGAACACAUUUUGUUCUAUGCCUUUCCUCAGGAAUACAAUUCAUUUGAAAUGACCAUCUCCUUUUAACUGGUAUGCACUAUGUCAGUAUGUUGAUAUGCUAAAAUAAAAAUAAUAAGCACUCAGAAAUUUAAAAUACUUAAAAUAUGCCUUUUCAUUACCAUCAACAGUAAGGUGUGUAGGACCAUGAGACAAGAAUACCACAACCAGAAUGAAACACAAACAAAAAAAACA